UAGAAAAUGUUCCGUAUGAUCACAUGACCUCAAUUGCGAUAGGUUCACAAUGCUUGUGUGUUUUGAAAGCAUCAAUGUUAGCUAAUCAUUUAUACAUUUUGUAGAUUCGCUAAAUCCACACGAUAAUAAUCGCAGAUUUGGACCAGACACACGUCAGCAACAGCUAGCUGUUCGUUGGGUGAAAGUACUUCCUUGCCCAAGACAAGCUGUCAUGAGUCCCUAAUUGUCAACUUCCACAGUACAAUAGAAUUGUGAUGGGAUAUGGCGGCACCAGAAACUCAGCUCAUGUUAAGCGUUGGAUUAAUUGAGAAAGAUGUGAAUGCAGACACCUUGUGGGUGUGGUGCUAUCCCUCAGUCAGUGCUGAGCUCCGGGAGGUCCUGCUCAGUAAGUGCUGUCUCAGACAGGACAGCCGAGGCUUGCACACUUUUGUGUUUGGCCAGUUCCGCCGUACCUGGUACUACAUAUCCACUGUAGAGGUGCAGGAACCAACCGCCCUAAAGAAGGUCACACAUUUUUCAACAGUUGUCACAGCAAAGGACUUCAACCCUGAGAAGUAUGCAGCAUUCAGUCGAGUACUAUGCAGGAUGUACAUCAAACAUGGGAGCCCUGUGAAAAUGAUGGAGGGCUACAUUGCAGUCCUCACCAAAGGCAUCUGCCAGAGUGACGAGAAUGGCUCCUUUCUCAUCAAGGACUACGAUGUCAGGAAGGCCUACUUAGCAGGCUCAGUGAAAGAUGUGGUGUCCCAGUUUGGGAUGGAGACCAUCAUCCUGUACACAGCCCUUAUGCUAAAGAAGAGGAUCGUGGUCCAUCACCCUCAGGUUGAAGCACUGUUGGAGUUCACAAGAGCUCUUCCAGCUCUGACAUGGCACAGGAAAGACUGGUCCAUUUUGCACCCUUAUGUCCACCUGACUGACAGUGAGCUUGAGAAUCUCAGGACGUGCACUGGAUACGUCGCAGGAUUUGUUGAUCCAGAAGUGAGCAACAGAUCGGAUUUGUUUGACGUAUAUGUGAACCUCCCAGAUAGUGAGAUUACUAUAUCCCAGAGUGCCAAAGAGGCCAUGUCUAUGGGAAAGCUGCACAAAGACAUUGGGCUCGUCAUUGUCCAGUCUGCAGAGAAUGCUGAUAGAACAGAUGGGCAGAUUAUCAAGGACAUUUCCAUAAAGACGAGGGAGAUCCUUGCUAACUUGGCGUCAUUAGCCGAGGAAUGUGAGAACUCUAAAAUCACCCUGGAGACCUUAAAGCAGCGCCACUUCCCGCCUGCUACGGAGAACUUCCUGUUCCACUUGGCAGCUGCUGAGCAGCUCCUCAAGAUAUGACCCUUGAUCUCCUACAUCAUGUAACAUGCCAUGCGGUGUGAGGACACUGAAUAUUAGCAUAGGCAUUCAUCUAUGUAAUUAUACAUACAGUGGCAUGUUAAGGAGAAUGGGAAGAACUCAGGUGUUAGGUAGCGCACACAAUUGCAUUCCUGACUCUUAACAAUACUAACAAAGCCUACUUUUUACAAUGUAACAGACACAUGAGAUAUACAGACAUUGUCUUGUUUUGACAAUAAUACAAUAACAGCAUUUACAUAGCAUUCCAUAGUUCAGCAGUUCAAUAGUUUAUCUUAAGACCGUUAACAGAUUAAUUUGAGUUCUCAAGAACCUUGAUUUAGCAUGUUUUAUAUUUCAGAAUUAAAGAAAGAUCUAUGUGAAAUAUGUAUACUGAACAAAAAUAUACAAUAAAUGUGACAAUUUCAAAGA